UUUAAACCGGCCGGAGUAUGGGUCUGAGCACCGGUCAAAUGUACAAAACCCUCUCCAAUGGCCUCCUCCUCCGCCGCCGACAACGACCUACCCACCGUCAUCUCAGAGCAGCAGCGUGAGCUUAUGGCGGCCCAAACCCUCGAGUCUGACCUGGACCUUGCGUUCCGCCUUCAGCUAGAGGAGGCCGUUGCCGCCUCUGUCGUACUCUCCUCCGCCGCUUCCUCUUCCUCUUCCUCUUCCUCUUCGUCGUCGCCUCCCCCUCCUCCGCCGCCGAUCGCCCCCGAGACAGAUGUCUCCGUCUCCUUCCCAUCGCUCCAGUCCGCUGAGCUCUCCGCUUUCGAGCAGGAAAUCAAAGACCGCGCCCUCAUCGAGACCGAGACGCGGCGGAUAAAGGAGGAACUCAAGCGUAGGAUCCACGACCAGAACGUCGCGCGAGAGAUCCUCAUCAUCCCGGAGGACGAGUGGGAGGAGUGGGGCGACAGCUUCGAGAAGCCCUAUGGCGAGGGAAGCUCCAGCGGCGCGGUGGCCUCGGACGUCGUUUUCAGGAUGUACUUCAAGGGUUUGGUGAGCGAAGAGCGUGUUAAAGGAAAGGCUACCGUGCUGUCGGGGAUCGGGGUCGCCAUUUGUGAUCCGAGGGAUAAUUUGAUCUUCGAAGUGAGGAAGCCGCUGUUCGGGAAUGGGAGGAGCCGGCACGGAGCUGAAGCUAGGGCUUUGAUUGAGGGGCUCAAUGCUGCUCUUGCUCUGGACUUGAAGAGGAUCACUUUAUUCUGCGAUUACCAUCCUCUUUACAAAUUUGUUAUUGGGAGGUGGCCUGCAAAGCAGCGCAAAAUAGCAGAAUUGGUCAAUGAGGUGUUUGUCCUAAAGAAAAAGUUCACGUACUGUAAUGCCCUAUUGGUGGCACGAAAUGAUGUUAAGUUUGCCUUUAAGCUAGCUCGGGAAGCAAUUAUAUCCCAAGUCACGAGGCCUGACUCUUUUUCGCAAUGUGGCCAAGACAACAAUCAAGAGGAGUGUGUCAUCUGUUUAGAGGACAAAAACAUUUCCCAGAUUUUCUCAGUCGAUCCCUGCUUGCAUAGAUAUUGCUUCUCUUGCAUGAAACAGCACGUGGAAGUCAAAUUGCUCCAUGGGAUUGUGCCCAAAUGCCCUCAAGAAGGCUGUAAGUCUGAGCUUGCUGUUAGCAAUUGCAGUAUAUUCUUAACUCCGAAGCUGAUCGAGAUGAUGGCCCAGAGGAUCAAAGAAGCUUCCAUUCCUCCCUCAGAGAAGGUGUAUUGCCCAUAUCCCAAAUGCUCAGCUUUGAUGUCGAAGGGGGAAAUCUUAGAGAAUGCAAAAGAUGCUCUUGGUGGAGAGAAAAGAUCGGAAGCAAGGAAGUGCUUGAAGUGUAAUGGAAUCUUCUGCAUCGAGUGCAAGGUGCCUUGGCAUGAUAAAAUGACGUGCCAAGAAUACAGGAGAAGGCAUCCUCUGCCUCCUUUAGAAGUCUUGCGGCUCAGGCACUUGGCUGAGAGAAAUCUCUGGCGGCAGUGCGUUAAAUGCAACCAUCUGAUCGAACUCUCUGAAGGUUGUUACCAUAUGACUUGCAGAUGUGGGUACGAGUUCUGCUACAACUGUGGAGCUGAGUGGAGAAACAAGACACCAACUUGCCAUUGCCCGCUUUGGGAGGAAGACUAUAUCUGGCAUGAUAGGGAUUCUGAUGACGAUUACUACACUGAUGAGACUGAUGACGAAGAUGAUGAUGAUGAUGGUCCUUAUUUCGCCCCGAGGACCUACUUCUAGGAAAGAAGGAAUGACACUUUCGGCAGUUAGCGGUGGUUAUUCAUAUCAAAGUGGCCCUUUAAUGUGCUCUCUGUUUAUAACAUGGCCUUGUGUUCAACUGUAUAUUCUUGGACUGAGAUUGUCAUAUUUUGGUUUUGACAAUGCCUUGAGCCACCUGUAUAUUGUUGGACUAAGAUUCUGAUCUUUUGGAUCGGACUUGCGGCUAAGUUACAUAUUGGCUUAACAUUUGUUGCCCCAAUGUUUUCUCUUUGUAUAUGCUUCAGAAAAGGACUUUUGCA